ACCGUCAUUUGACACAUCCCGACAGGGGCUUGCAGCAGAGCACAUCUGCUGACUCAAACUCAAACGUAUAGCAAGCUCUGGUGUCACUGACACUUUGCUUGGGGCAGCAUGAAGGCACUUAUACUAAUGUGUAUGCUGGUGCAGCCGUGGCUGGGAACGGGUUCAGCCAGGAACUCUGAUUACAACUCACAGCUGAUAGCAGGACCAUCACCUGGAAGGGACCUCAGCAGGUUCUUCAGCAACUAUUGGAAAGCCACGCGGGCAAGGAGAGCACUGCCUCCAGCCGAUGAACCAGAUGAUAGCCCAAUCCCAGCAGCAGCAGAUGAAUCAGACUUGCCAACUUGUCUGCUGUGCGUCUGCCUAACUGGCUCAGUGUACUGCGAGGAAGUCAGUCCUGACAUGACCUCUGUUCCCACCCUUCCGAAGGAGACAGCCUACCUGUACGCCCGCUUCAACAAAAUCCAAAAGAUUAGGACCAAGGACUUUGCUGACAUUGUGACACUAAGGAGGAUCGACCUGACGGGGAACCUGAUUUCAGAGAUUGAAGAUGGAGCGUUCUCUAAACUAAGUUUAUUGGAAGAACUGUCUCUAGCUGAUAACAGGCUGGUUAAACUCCCGGCACUCCCUGCCAAACUGAAAUCGUUCAACGCCAACAACAACCUGCUGAAAACCAAGGGUGUAAAAGCUACAGCUUUUAAGAAACUGAUCGGGCUGGUCAACUUGUACCUGGCUGACAAUGAGAUAGAAGCGGUUCCACAGAUCCCAGAGAAGGUUCGGAUCUUACAUCUGCAGAACAACAACAUCACAGAUGUCAACGUAGACACCUUCUGUAGGUCCAACGACACCUACUACCUUCGACCUAGCCUCAGUGAUGUCCGUCUGGAUGGAAACCCAGUAAUUCUCUCAAAGUACCCUGACACUUUCACCUGUAUGCAGGUACUUCCUGUUGGACGGUACCGAUGAAGAAGCAGCAACCAUAUUGUUAUUACCUUAUAGCUAAUGAAAAAGACUUUUUUUCCACCUGACAGCUGCGGGAAACUAAAAAAAUCUGGGUUUUGGGGAAAUGGUCCUCAACAUUACAAACAGCAUGUGAAAGUGUCAGGUAAAAUAAGAUUAAAAAAGGUAGAAUUGAGGGUGUUUCUUCUUCUCAUAGGUAGUACCAACUCAAUUGUAGGGAUUUAUUUAUAUGAGUGAAGAGGUAGUGAACAGUUUAAUUGAUUUACCACUGUUGAAUAGCACUGCCGAAUAGAAAACUACAUUACAAUCCACUGAAUCACAAUUGGUACCCUGUUCUUUAUGUAAACAUUUCUACAGCCCUGUGCAUUGAUUUGGCAUUGUUUGAAGUAAUUCCAGUUUUAGCUACUGUCAGUCUUUAAUGUCAAUAUAUUGUCAUAUCUCCAUUUACAGCUUUAAUUUAUAAACACCACUUGAAUUAAAGUAGCAAAGCAUUUAUCGAUAGGAAUGUAAAGAUUACUCUAUAAUGUUAUCAUGUUUUGUAUGCAACUUGUCCCGCAGUGAUAAAUUGAUUACCAAUGUGUAUAGAAUAGUGACUGUACAGUAAUAUGGCUAUGUGUUAAGCAUUUUUGUUUUAUUGAAUAUUUUUAAUAAAGUUAAACUUUUUA